AGAUAAUUAAUAACUCUUAUCACUUCAUUAUAAGAACAUUAAUUCAGUGUUUUUUUGUUUGUUCUUUUACUCUUAAAAGUCGACACAGAUGUUACAAACAGCAUUUAUUUCUGUAAAACAUUCUUAAUAGAAGGAAAUUGUGCAACAUUUAAAAUGCAGUUCAUUUUACAGUAAUUAUUGUGCUUGAAUUCUAUCAAUUCCAAUCAAACCAAUGACAGAAACAUCUGGCUCAUCAUGUAUUUGUGAACUACAUUUCCCAAGAUGCUAAAAGGGCCUUGCGGCUCAAAGAGAAAUGUAAUUCAUAAAUAUCAGCAGAGCAAAGGUUAGCAUUGAUGAAUAUAAACCUUUGUUUUAUGAACAACGAUGGCCACACAGAAAGUAUCGUGAUUCAGCAUAAAUAUCCCAGAACAGGUUUAUCCACUAAACUCCGAACUGCAGCAAAUUAAAAUCUGCAUGUCAAAAUUAACGCUAAGAUAGUCAACCUCUGACUAUAGCGGAGUUGGAGAAUUUUUCCAAAUCAGCUACUUUGCCUUCCGUUCUGUCAUUUACAUUUUGGCUUUCUACAAUUCAGAGCUUAAUGAAUAAUAAGGAAGUCCAUUGCAAAAUCCCUGAUUGCAUAAUGAAAUGCUAGAUGUAAAGGUUUGUACUUAAAAAACAAGUUAUACAUUCUUUAGGUUGUGUGAUCACUCUCUGCAAAAAGCAGAAUGGGUCACAGUUGAUCAAGCCAUAUCUAGGGUUGAUCAAAGGGUAACAAAGGGUUACACUCUAAAGUGCUAUAGUCAGGAAUUCAAAGCAAAUUUAAAAUUUUAGGUCACAAAUUCUCCCAGUCAGCAAUGUUUCUAGAUUGGAAUAUUUGGCCUAAAAAUUCAAAAAUAUUCUUCUAAAAAAUAUCCACACUUUAGCGAAGAGCCAUGUUGGUGAACUAUAUUUAAAAAAAUAAAAUAAAGAGGUAAAGUGCGAGGUGAUUCAUUCUGGGUUAUUUGCUAAAAUGGGAAUUCAAAGUUAAAAUCCAGAGUAGCGGAACUGAAAACCUUAAAUUUGAAACUCAUUUUGAAUUAUUACUUUAGUAAAUAAACCUGAAAUAAUUAUAUAGACAAAGCCAGCCAUUGUUUGCAAAAGUCACAAAAAGGGCUACCAAUUUCUCCAAACAGUUGCACACAUUGCUAAUAUUUAACAUCUAAUAACAUCUUCAGACAAAUGUUUGUGAUUCUAAUUGUGCCUAAAGUGCUUUGGAGAACUCCACUUCAAGAAUAUGCUUUUAAAGCAAAAGAAGCUAUUAAUUAUGCAAAAUUAGAAAAAAUAUUAAAUAUGAAUUCUUGCGGUUUAGAAACGGAGAGAAUAUAUAUAUAGAUAUAAUGUGAUUAUUUUCCAUUACAUUGUAUGUAAGUGCCUCAUAAUGGAUCAGAUAUGGUGACAGAAGUAUUCAUUGGGUUGCCUUGCACAUACAAUUGCUCUAUUUUUAGCUAAAAGAACCUUUAAAACCUUAAAACUGGUAUUUUAGCUAAUAAUCAGCAAUUCAUGAUAUUUUUUCUUACAGGAUGGUACUGGAUGUUCCCUCUAAGCACUGCUCAUUAGUGAUUCAGUAUUAGAAAUGUAAAAAAUUGGGUGGGGCGUGGCUGACCGCCGGACAAGAUGGCCGACUAGGAUUUUGCUCCGGCACCUGGGCUCCGUAAUUCAGAGCAAUACCGAGCAGAACCACCACUAACUGACAGAAAAGGCAUGUCACAAGCAAAAGUAAAGAAAGCUGCACCGAAGGCAGAUAAGCAUCACUUUUUUGGGCAAAACCGUCCACGAGACAGUGCCAGCCGCGCAGGUCGCCGCACAAGAUUGCGCCGGUGACUUGGGCGCGAGCUCCCCCCUCAUGGCACUGGAAGACCAGCAAACAACAGAAUGCCUCACAAAAGAUCACCUUGAGCGUGCAAUAGAGGCAAUGUCAGCAAAGCUAAUUCAAUCAUGGCAAUCCACAGCCGACCAAAUUAAAAGAGAAGUCAGGGAGCUCACGAGCAGAACAUCUUCAGUGGAAGCACAAUGCCAGGACCUAACAACAACACAAGCCGAGAUGUCAGACCAAAUACAGACCUUACAGCAAAAAUUGGAAGGCAUGGAAACCAGGAUGGCGGACUACGAGGAUAGAGCGAGGAGAAACAACCUGAGGCUGAGAGGGCUCCCGGAAUCCGUCCAGCCUGAUGACCUGCAGUUAUACGUGAGAGGCUUAAUGCAUGCAUACGUCCCUGACAUACCGGCAGACAUGUUGCUGAUCAACAGAGUCCACAGGGUAACAAAGCCGAAACACCUACCUGACUAUCCCACGAGAUGUGCUGUUCAGAGCCCACUAUUUCCAUAUUAAAUAACUAGUACUCAAAGCUCACCGCGCUAAAAGGAAUCCACAUGACGAAUAUCCAUCAGUGCGCAUCAUGGCGGACCUCUCAACAGCAAUGCUUAAAAGGAGAAGGGACUUCCAGCAAGUCACGACGGAGCUGAGGAAUCAAGGAAUCCACUACAGGUGGGGCUUCCCCACGAAGCUCAUCCUAACGAAAAAUGGAAACACAAAAUUCUUCACCACGCCAGAAGAAGCCCUGAAAGAGUUAGAGAGAUGGGGCCCACACGACAAACAGGACUCCCCGCCUCCAUCUUCCUCUCAAGGUCGCAACACCACAAGAAAUGACCGCAUGCACUAACCGCCAUGUGGCAGACAUAUGCCGCAAGUAUAAUAAUACCAUAGUUAACUUCUUUUGAUUACUGUUAUUUAUCACUGUUUCAUUCUGUUCAGUCAAAUUAAUGCUGCUUCGAAUAAUAGCACCAGUAUUAUACGGGUAAGCCUAACUUAUAAUGUAACAACACAUCUGACUGCAGCCAGACUAAAACGCUUAACAGUGGAGCAGCAGCAGCAGAUCGGGAGGGUAGUAACUACUGAACCCAAUAGAGGCAUAUACUCUUGGCCUACAGGCCUCAGGACCCCGCCAUAACCGGGCUGGAGGCAACAGAUUUGCCUAAACCCCAAGCACUACCCUUAGCAACACUCAACGGGCUAACUCCCCCCCCAGAUGUAUAUAAUGUGAUACAUUACCAAUGGGAAGGAUAUGUAUCAACUUACAAUUACACAAAACCCCCACCAGAGGGCCUUAAGAAACAAAAGGGACAAUGCCCACCAGCACAUAGCUGCCCACCGUAGCGACGCUGCAUAAAAGCAUAACUUACUACUAUAAGGAAUACCACAUCUAAGGCACUGUAUAUGUCAAUGCUGUAAAUAACUGGAUCACACAAACGGUCACGCACACCGCACAAAAUUAAACUCUACUCCCAUAACACAAAUGGGCUCAACACACCACAUAAAAGGAGAAUACUACUAAAAGAUUUAAGAAACCAUAAAGCGGACAUUGUAGGCAUCCAAGAAACACACUUCGCCACAAAUCGAGUCCCCUCAUUCGCUCUCCAAGACUACCCCACACAAUACCACGCCACUCAUUCAUCCAAAUCAAGAGGAGUCUCUAUACUUCUGCACAAAUCCCUAACAGUAGAGCUGCUACAAAUAAAGAAAGAUAGCCAGGGACAAUUCCUGAUUUUGCAUUGCAUACUAAAUAAUUUGCCACUUCUCUUGGUAUGCCUAUAUAGUCCGAAUGAUCAACAAAGAAACUUUUUACACAAGGUCCUCACCAAACUACCGACUACACCUACAAUCAUAUGCGGAGACUUUAACCACACCAUGAACUCCCAUAUGGACUCCACGGCACCUGCCAGCUCCACUAGAUACACUCAAUUGAAGCCAACCAACAAGGCGCUAUCAAAACUAACUCAUGAAUACAGCCUAUAUGAUAUAUGGAGAACGCGUAACCCAAACUGAAGAGAAUACACUUUCUACUCAUAAGUCCACAAAACCUAUUCUAGGAUCGACCACAUCAUGACCUCUGCAACUCUCCUCCCAAACAUCACAGACUGCUCCAUAGGAAGCAUAGUGUGGUCAGACCAUGCCCCAAUUACAAUGACCAUGCAAGACCAAUAUCAACAUAGGGGAAGAUCACCGUGGUGCCUUAACGACACUCUGCUACAUAACACCAACUUCACCACAAAACUCUCAGACAACUUGAGGACCUACUUUGAGCUAAACAACUCUUCAGAAAUCACAGCCACGAUACUAUGGCAAGCUCAUAAAUCUGUUCUAAGAGGAUUACUAGUAACCCAAGCAUCCUUCCUUAAAAGACAACAAGAACGAGAACACACAGACCUUCUCAGAAAACUACGUGAUACAACUAAUGAACACAUCCUGAACCCAUCAGAAGAACUUACCAAAUCAACAGUCAACAUUACCAAUCAAAUUAACACAAUGUCCCUCAACAAGACGGCACACAUACUAACAAAACUGAAGAUGAAAACAUACACACAAGGAAACAGAGCGGGAAAACACCUAGCAGUACUCCUCCGGCAGAGACAGGCGAAUUCCAAGAUCCCGUAUCUGAUGGCCAACACAGGAGGAAAGAUACACAACCCAGAAGAUAUAAACAACGAAAUGGCGAACUACUAUCAAUCCGUAUACAAUUUAAACGCUGAUACUACCUUGUACCAACCCACCGAUAGGGAAAUUACUGAAUUUCUUCAGCAAACGACACUGCCUACACUAACCUCAACACACAAACAAGCCCUAGAACACCCAGUGUCCUCACAAGAAAUAAUGGACGCGAUACAGGCACUACCCCCGGAAAAUCCCCUGGCCCAGAUGGACUAACCAACGAAUAUUAUAAAAAUUUUGCUCCCAUUCUAGCCCCAUACUUAACCAAACUGACCAACCACACGCUCAAAUUGGGAACCCUACCAUCAGAGAUGCUAAUGGCACAUGUCACCCUACCAAAACCAGGGAAACCCCCAAACAGAAGCCAAAAUCUUAGCCCUAUCUCCCUCCUAAACACUGACAUCAAACUUAUGGCUAAAAUUUUUGCGAAUAGAUUGUCAUCCAUAAUCCCCACACUAAUCUGUGGGGACCAAGUGGGGUUUGUUAGCGGCAGAAAAGGGGCAGAUGGCACAAGAAAGGUACUAGACCUCCUUUAUGGAAUGCGCGAAGGUAGGGUCCCGAGUGUCCUACUCUCGCUAGAUGCUGAAAAAGCAUUUGACAGGCUCCACUGGCCAUUCCUACUUGCGGUUCUACGAAAAUUUGAGUUCCCACCCAACUUCUCAGCCUGCUUUACUCCUCCCCUACAGCACUAGUAAUAAAUGGAGGCUUCAUAUCCAAACCCUUCACCAUUUCUAACGGUUCCCGCCAGGGAUGUCCACUCUCCCCGAUACUCUACAUUUUGGCGCUUGAACCUCUGACCCAACUGAUCCGAGACGACCCGAACAUACACGGAACAAACCUAUAAAAUGACACUAUUUGCGGACGACAUUCUGCUGUCACUGGAGAAACCACAUAUAUCCCCCUGCCACACUUCCACAAAAUAUUAACCCAGUAUAGCAGAUGUUGUUACUACAAAUUAAAUAUAGCAAAAACACAGGCCCUAAGUAUAAAUAUCCCAUCCCACGACUUGAACACCCUGAAAACAAAAUUUCAUUAUGAAUGGAGACAAGAUCACAUAAAAUUCCUAGGGGUUAAUUUCACACCUACUCCCGCCACUUUAUUUAAAGCAAACUACACGAAACUCCUAGGAGAAAUUAGAUUCAUCAUGCAGAGUUGGAAGGGGAAAUAUAUUUAAUGGAUGGGAAGAAUCGCUUCAGUAAAGAUGGUGAUACUGCAAAAGAUACAACACCUCUUUAGAACUCUCCCACUCAUGCUCCCAACAAAAUAUCUUUCAGAAUUACAAGAACAAAUCAACACCUAUAUAUGGGAAAAGCAAAACCCAGAGUAGCACGAAACACUAUGCAAAGACUAUUCACUCAUGGCGGGAUGGGCAUGCCUGAUGUGAGAGGAUAUUACCGAGCAGGUCAGAUAGGCUCUUUGCUAACAAUGUUUCAACACAAAGAUACAAUGGCCUGGGCCGAAAUAGAGACGAACUAUGCAGAAGGGCUCACCAUGCCGAUAAUGGCCUGGCUGCCGAAGCAACACUGCCCAAGCAAUAAACAACUACUACCGACAACGGUGUUAACCCUGACAAUAUGGGACGACUACCGCAAAAAAAUGGGCCUGAUGACAAAAAUAUCUCCAGCUCUCCCGUUAGAAGCACUAAGUGUAAUCAUCACAGACUUCAACUACAAAAUAUGUAACAGGCAUGGCGUGCACACCCUGUCACAACUCCUGACGAACACCCGACUUAGACAACUACCUGAUCUCCAAGGGGAGUUCCAGCUAUCCGCAACAGCUACCUUCUCCUAUAGGCAACUGCAAGCAUGGUUCAAUAUGCAAACAAAGCAACUUGCGACACCCUCCCCAAGGCCAACCCUACUGGAAGUGGAAAAUAUUUGCCUGAAAAUUAAGCCGGCGAAAAAAUUAAUCUCCUUGAUCUACGCCUCGGAACAUGGAAAGCUUAGACAACCUCCCCCCUCCUUUAAAGCAGCGUGGGAAAAAGACAUAAAACACCCACUUUCAGAAGAGCAAUGGGAGAGCAUUUUCAGAGCACAUAAACAACAUAAACAGAGCACCCAUGUAGAACUCUCCCGUAAAAUACUCUACAGGUGGUAGACAUAUGCUGGAGAUGCUGGAGAUGCCAAACAGACAGAGGUACUAUAAUUCACAUCUGGUGGCACUGCCCAUGGCUUACAAUAUACUGGCAAGAAGUGGCAAAACUAGCAGCUCAAUGUUCCAAAAUACACCUCCCACUCGUGCCUGAAACCUUUCUCCUGCUCUUACUACCACCCAAAGUACAUAAAAGCCACAGAUAUCUCUUAUACCACAUCAUCAUAGCAGCUCUGGCAUGACUUUAGCACAAAUUUCUCACUACACUACGACUAAGAAAAAGGCAAACCUAGCAACCGCACACCACUAUGCCACGUCCCCUCCCCCCCCCAUCUACCACUACCAAAUAUCACUCUCCCUCAUUAGAACAGCACAACAUAAAGAGAGCCUAGCACAAGCAGCCCCCAAAGCAAAGAGCUAUGAACGCUAUCGUACGACCAAUCGCUCCACAAGCCGCAAGAAGGCUUACCGCAGCCAUGCAACGGCUAAAUCAGACACCACCACACAGGACAGCUCCACCACCUAAAAUGCCCCUCAACCGUGCCAAAACCCAAAAGGGCAUAAUCUACAGACAUAUGCAUAUUUAAAUAUCUAAUUGUAUGUAUCACGGUGCACAGGAAAUGGAGCAAUCCACAAUUCAACCCAAUAAUGAUUUAUUCAUGAUGUACAAGCCUGUAGACUCGAUACAAAAGACUAAUGUGUUUAUGAUAUAAUGCGUUGAUCACAUGCUCCUAUUGAAUAACCACUGCAUAAAACUGCUGUUCCCACCCCUGAUCUUUUUUUCUGUAUCCUAAACCUUUUGCACUUCGACAAAAAUAAAAAUUGGCAAAAAAAAUAAAAAUGUAAAAAAUUAAGUCUGCAUGAAGUACCUUUUUGUUCUGUAACCACAUUUAAAGAAGCUGUAAAGAAAAAGUUAAAAAGUUAAAAAAAUAAAUAAAAUAAUAAUAAUAUUAGCAAUUCAGUGCUCACAAAAAAAAGUGCUUAGAGGGGAUCCCAGUAAUAAUCUCAAUAGAAUUGGUGAUGGGAACAUUUAGAGAUGAAUGAGUUCAGCUACCUCCAAAAUCUAG